UUAGAACGUACCGCACAUUUCAUUACGCUACGUGGAGGACAGUACAACCACUGUUCUAGUUUUAAUCGAAUUUUUGUUAGAAAAUUAACUCAAAAGACUGCAAAAUGGUCACAAAAUAUUUGUUCACAAUUCUGGCUAUUGCCGCCAGCUCAACUUUAGCGCAAAGCUGCCAAAAUCCCCAAGUAGAAGCGGCUUCUUUCACAAGUUUGGAUGCGACGGUGGUAACACAAAUAGCUUAUAUCACAGAAUUUACGCUGAAAUGUGAUAAUCCUCUGCCAGAAAACUAUGCUUUGUACGCCGAAGUUGAUGGAAAAUCUUUAACUGCAGCUCGUAUCGGCGAUAACAAGUAUCAGGUAUCCUGGACAGAAGAGCCCUCCAAGGCUCGUGCGGGAGUCCACGAGAUCCACAUCAUGGACGAGGAGGGCUUCGCGUCCCUCCGUCGCGCGAGACGAAGCGACCCCGCUGCUAGCGUCGCUCCUCUGUUGGCUAUUCAGUUGAACCACCCGGGAAGUUACUCCGGUCCCUGGGUGAACUCUGAAGUCCUCGCUACAGUGCUGUCCGUCGUCGUAGCGUACACAGCUCUCCGUAACAAGGGAAACAUUUUAGCGUAAUUGUUAAUUAUUUGUAGAUAAUAAAUUUCUAAUUUAUGUA